ACCCAUCUUUCAGCCUCCCUAUAAAACCCCCCACACUCCCACUUGGCUCGCUUCAUCUCUUUGAGUAGUGCCUAAGUUAACCGCGGGUGAAGGAUUGCAAGCUUAGAGAGAGAAAGAGGAGGGCACGCACUGUCGAAGAUUGGUUCUUCGACAGAGAGACAGGUGUUGGACUGCAAUUUUAUUCUUCUCACUUGAAACUGGGUCAUGUGUCCUCUGGCACCUGUUCCUCCUCCUGCUAAUAUUGGUUUAUAUUGGACUGAUGAAGAGAUCUUUACGUCUUUGGAGAGACUAACAAAGGGAUCCUCUAUCCCUGAAAAUGUCCUUAUAGAUGUUAAUCCUUACCAGCACAGCCCCUCAAAUUUACCUGAGGACUUUUGGUACUUCAUGCGGGCAGAGCAGAAAAAGGAUUCAGAACACGGAUCCUGGAAUGCCAGAGGUGAGGCCAAUCAGAUAUUUGGAAACUCUAGCAUCACCGGUUGGAGGACUACACUUGAAUUUUAUGAUCAUGGACAAAGAACUGAUUGGGUGAUGCAAGAGUACCAUAUUAAUCCUAAAGGACACCGCAGUAAUGGCAACUCAAAGGUGUCAGGUUUAUUAUGCAGAGUCUUCCUUAGUGGUCCAAACCCAGAAGUUCGGCGCAAAUUAGGAGGCUUGGAAAAUUCUGAGGGAAACCGCCUUCAUCCAAGAUCAUCAUCUCUUCUUAUCCAAGAGCCUGGCAGUACCACUGGACAGGGUUCCACGAGUGAGUCCCAGGCAAGGGGCAGGGAUGACAAUAUGAGACCGUUGGCUGAAAAUGGGGGACAUGUUGAUAUUCUCAUCGAAAACAUGUUUGACAUGGGUGACUACUUGGAGUUGGAUGAUCUUCCUGAUGGAGAAUCACGGUCUUCCAGUUCGGACAACACAAGUUGUGUGACCAUUUCAUCAGAGGAAUGUUUUGAUUCGCUGGCCCUCUUACAAGACAUAGAAGAAGAUGAAUUUAAUCGACAAGAGCAGGGUAAGGAUGCCAAUUUCAAGUUCAGUGUGGCUGCCUCAGCCAGACCAACCGAAGUGGUUAUCCGUCCAGCAAAUUUAGGAUCUCUUAUUAGCAGCAAUGGAAGGCAGCCACCUGAUGGGUAUGCAGACAAGAAAGUCCCGGAAAAAAUGGAUCUAAAGAAUGCUAUCAAAAUCCAAAAGGUGGAAAGUAGAAACGUAGGUACAUCCAAUUCCCGUAAUGUGGCGUCAUCAUCCAGCAGUCAUAAAGCAGUCCCAGAAGGGGAAGAGGAUGCUCGAGUUAAAAAAAUGAAAAAACUAAGGAAUAAGUAUCUGUGUUUCAUGCCAUUUUAGAUCCACAUUAUCCAUUGAUCCCAGAAAAAAAAAAAAAAAAAUUCUCAUUAUUCUGGCUAUAGGGGUGUGUAAAAUAGGCGCAAUAUUUAAGUAGAUCAACACUGGUGAUAAGCAGUCUGUUCUAAGGAGGUUCUUCCAGUUAUGGGUUAUAUUGUUCAGCUGAUACACUGAGUAGUCUAGGGUCAGAAACAGAGGAAAAGGCUCAGAUAGAACUGGGAGAUUGACAUUGAUUUUCUUAUGAAUUGGGGAUUUAAGGUAGAGAAGAGGAGGUUGGAAAACAAGGGAGGAAAGUCAUUGGUAUACUAGUGUAAGUUCUAAGGUAUUCUGACUCUGGAGGAGGGUUUGUUUUCGUACCUCGUUUGAUCAUCAAAUGUAACAUCACAUGAUUCAUCCUCAGAAAAAAUGAUGUUUAUAUUAUAUCGUGAUUACCAUUGUAUGUA